UUUUCAAAUCCAAACCACCAACUCCCCCCUCUUCUUCCUCCUCUCGUGCGAUCGAGGGGAUCGUCGAUCGAUGGCGACAAUGGGUGUGGGCGGAGCGGUGAAGAUGAUCGUCGGGGCGAAGGUGGAGCGGGUGGUGGGCACGGGCAAGGCGCCCGGCGCUUGCCCGUCCUGCGGCGGUCCCGUGGUGGCGACGGACGUGGAGAGCGAGCGGCGCAUCCUGUGCCUCCCGCUGUGCCUCAAGAACAAGCGCAAGUACUCCUGCACCAGGUGCUUCCGCCGCCUCGUCACCGUCUACAGCUAGCCGAAUCCAAGCCUAUACUCCUACCGGUCCAUCCAUCCAUCGAUCAACUAGCGUGCGGAGGCGAACAAUCCCCGAGUUCUUUGGUUCUUGUUGGCCCUAGAGUAGCUUGCUAGCCUGGCUAAUGUAAUUCAUUCAUCUAAUUUCCAGACUUUCCAGUAGCCAUAUCUAGCUAAUCUGGUGAGGCGCUGCAAAACUGGCACUCUGCUGUGUCUUGCAGCAACCUCUCUGUCAAUGGUGGCGGGGCACCUCCGCGUUAAUGCGCAGGCCAGUAAUGGAAAAUUUCAAACGCC